GGGUUAGAGACGCUUCAGGUUACAGACACUUCAGGUUACAGAUUCCGCUAACCCAGAAAUAUUACCUCGGGUUAAGAACUUUGCUUCAGGAUGAGAACAGAAAUCAUGCUCUGGUGGCGGAGCGGCAGCAGGAGGCCCCAUUAGCUAUAAUAAUACUUUAUUAUUUAUACCCCGCUGGGCAGCUUCCAGCAAAGUACAGUGGUCUGUUAAACAUUAAAAGCUUCCCUAAACAGGUACCUCAGUGGUUCCCUAAAGUGGUACCUCAGGUUAAGAACAGUUUCAUGUUAAGAACGGACCUCCAGAACGUAUUAAGUUCUUAACCAGAGGUACCACUGUAACUUGACAUAAGUAAACAUUCCCAUUUCAAGGAAUUAAAUCAUUAUUUUUAACAAGGGAUGGCGGGAAUUGGAGUCACAGUUUCCCUACCCCUGAUUUAAACCCAUACCGAUGGGUCUGCCAUUCUCCUUACAGCUCAUUGCCCAGAACUGGCCACAGCACACAGGUUGCAGUCAGACUUGUGCGGGGAUAUAAUGGAAGUGAGCACUCAGUCAUGGCCUAAUUUUGUGUCGUUCUUCUCUGUGUGUUCCAGCAGAACAUGAGCAAAAGGGGGCUGAUGCAGGGAAGAAAGCGUGCAGGUGCUCUUGCUGUGAGAAAGUCUUCACCUGGAGAUCCCACCUUGCCAGGCAUGAGAGGAUCCACACGGGAGAGAAGCUCUAUCGCUGUGCCGUCUGCGAGAAGAGCUUUGGCCAAGCGUCACACCUCGCCACCCACGAGAGAACCCACACAGGAGAGAAACCCUAUAAAAAAUGAGAGGCACAAAUACAAGAUGGGUGACACCUGGCUUGAGAGCAGUACAUGUGAAAAGGAUCUAGGAGUCUUGGUUGACCACAAACUUGACAUGAGCCAACAGUGUGACGCGGCAGCUAAAAAAGCCAGUGCAAUUCUGGGCUGCAUCAAUAGGAGUAUAGCAUCUAGAUCAAGGGAAGUAAUAGUGCCACUGUAUUCUGCUCUGGUCAGACCUCACCUGGAGUACUGUGUCCAGUUCUGGGCACCACAGUUCAAGAAGGACACUGACAAACUGGAAUGUGUCCAGAGGAGGGCAACCAAAAUGGUCAAAGGCCUGGAAACGAUGCCUUAUGAGGAACGGCUAAGGGAGCUGGGCAUGUUUAGCCUGGAGAAGAGGAGGUUAAGGGGUGAUAUGAUAGCCAUGUUCAAAUAUAUAAAAGGAUGUCACAUAGAGGAGGGAGAAAGGUUGUUUUCUGCUGCUCCAGAGAAGCGGACACGGAGCAAUGGAUCCAAACUACAAGAAAGAAGAUUCCACCUAAACAUUAGGAAGAACUUCCUGACAGUAAGAGCUGUUUGACAGUGGAAUUUGCUGCCAAGGAGUGUGGUGGAGUCUCCUUCUUUGGAGGUCUUUAAGCAGAGGCUUGACAACCAUAUGUCAGGAGUGCUCUGAUGGUGUUUCCUGCUUGGCAGGGGGUUGGACGCGAUGGCCCUUGUGGUCUCUUCCAACUCUAUGAUUCUAUGAUUCUAUGAAAUGUACCGUGUGCGGGAAAACCUUCAUCCAGAGCUCGGCACUUCUGAGGCACAUGGUGUGCCACACGGGCGAAAGAGGCCAUAAGUGUCCGCACUGUGGGAAAAGCUUCAGGCGGAGGUCACAGCUUGUUAGGCACAUGCCUAAACACAUAGGCGAGAAACCAUACGAAUGUGCAGAGUGUGGGGAAACCUUUGUCCAGAGGUCAGCCUUUUUUAGGCACAUGAUGCGUCACACUGAGGAAAAUGGCUUCCAGUGUUCGCACUGUGGGAAAAGCUUCCAGUGGAGGUCACACCUUGUUAGGCACAUGCCCAUGCACACAGGUGAGAAACUUUAUAAAUGUUCAUGGUGCGAGAAAACCUUCACACAACUGUCCGCCCUCCCUAUACAUGAGAGAAUCCACACGGGGGGAAAGCCAUAUUCAUGCUCCACCUGUGGGAAAGAGUUCAUUGCUAGAGCUCACCUUGUUGUACAUGAGAGAAGCCAUACAGGGAAGAAACCCUAUAGUUGCUCCUCCUGCGGGAGAGGCUUCAGCAACACAUCAUGCCUUGCUAAACAUCAGAGAAUCCACACGGGCGAGAAGCCGUACAAAUGUUCUCUCUGCGGGAAAUGCUUUGGCCACACAUCAUCUCUCACGAAACAUCAGAUAAGCCACACCGGGGAGAAGCCGUACCGAUUCUCAGACUGUGGGAAAAGUUUUGUCGACAGCUCAAAGCUGGCGAGGCACAAGAGAACCCAUGCAGAGGAGAGGCCCUACAAAUGCGCUGUCUGUGGGGAAAGUUUCAGGGAGAGCUACCACCUUAUUAGACACGAGAGGAACCACGCGGGAGACAGGCCCUAUCCGUGCUCAAUCUGUGGGAAAAGCUUUGUUAACAAAUGGCGCUGCAGUACGCACGAGAGAACCCACACAGGAGAGAAACCAUAUCAGUGUGCGGUCUGUGGAAGAAGCUUCGGCGAUCAAUCCAAUCUUCUUAAUCAUCAGAGAAUCCACGCUGGAGCGAAACUGUAUAGAUGUGAUAUCUGUGGGAAAUGCUUGAGUCGGAGAGAGCACCUUCUUAAUCAUUAUAGAACCCACACCGGGGGAAAACCCUACAAAUGUCUGGACUGCGACAAGAGCUUCAUUCAACGAAUUCAGCUUCUUGUUCACGAGAGAACCCACCACAGAGGAGAGAUUAAAUGAAAUGUCAAGCCUGUUCUGCAACUAGGCCUGUGAUACCUCAAGAGCUCCCCCCACCCACCCAAACUUUAAGACCAACCUCAGAGUUCUUGCAUUUUACCCUGCCUUUGUGGGAGGCAGGUGCAAGAGACAGGGCCUUUUUAGUGGUGGCACUCAGGGCCAGCUCCAGAGGGUGGCAAGAUUGGGCAUCUGCUAGACCCCAGGACCAGAGGUCCCUCUGUGCUUAACAGGUCUACUAUUUCUACUUUGCGCAGAGUACAGUGGUAUCUCGGGUUACAGACGCUUCAGGUUACAGAGGCUCCGCUAACCCAGAAAUAGUACCUCGGGUUAAGAACUUUGCUUCAGGAUGAGAACAGAAAUCGUGUGAUGGUGGUACAGCAGCAGCGGGAGGCCCCAUUAGCUAAAGUGGUGCUUCAGGUUAAGAACAGUUUCAGGUUAAGAACGAACCUCCGGAACGAAUUAAGUUCUUAACCCGAGGUACCACUGUAUCCAAAAAGAACAGAACUCCCAGUUUUUAUGUCCUGUCUCUCCAGAUGAGGGGGGGAGCUCCUGGGGGGUGUCGUUCUGAGGACACCCUCCCCCCCCAAAUCCUGGCGCCAGUAAUGGUGGCACUGAAAGCGUGGCAAUCCACAGUUCUUCCUCUCCAGCGUUUACCACCUACAAGAAUGGUCUCCCUUCAGUUAACUUCAAAGUAUGUUUCAAUUUCCACUUGCACCAGGUAAAAACCAGCGGAACACAGCUUUACUCUGAAGCAGCAUUAACAAGCACUUAGUGCUUGGGAUACUGUAUAAUUGCUGUAAUAAUAAAAUAAGGGCAUUGGCUGUAUGAGGUCAGCCGGAGACCGUUUUUCUUCUAUAUUAUUUUUAAACCCAGGCAUCAGGGAUAUUCUAAAAUAAAGAAUGCUUACCAAAGGAUAACGAAACGAAACAAAACAAAAACGUUAGUGAAAUCUGUGGUGGUUCUGCAUGGCCCGGAGCGCUGCCACUGCUCAGAAUGUGUAUUUUUCAAACUUUGGCUCGUGCAAAUCAUAGAAUAGCAAUGCAGGGAUCUCGGUUACAGCAUCGCUGACAAAUGGCCAUCCAACCUCUGUUUGGAAACCUCCAAGCGGCAGUGUCAUGGCUGAAGGGUUGAGGUUUUAGACAAUGCCAUACUCGAUGGGUAGGGGAGCAAGUGAUGUGAGCCUCUCAUCCACCAUGGUAGAUCGCAAGUCUAUUUGAUGAGCUUUGACUCUGAGAAGCUCUGAUCAUCCCUGGCAACAGAAUCUCAACAUAACAGGACCUCUCCCUGGCCAUGACGAAGUAACCAGUUUACACACUUGCGUGUGAAGCAGAAUAGAUGCUAAUUUGAACAUUAUGCUAUUGUUUUGAAGCAGGGGUUCCCAAAGCAGGCGGUAUCGCUGAAUCAAGUCCAUCAGUUUUGUUGAAUUUAUUAAAUACUUGAAUUUGGAUUUGGAAUAAAUGUGCAAUUAAUUGU